UCUCCCCUCCUUGAAAUUCACCGGUCACAGAAAGACCCCCCUCCUCCCCCUCCCUCGACUGCUAUCUCUUGAAUUCAUAUCACAGCAUGGUUUUUUGGGAGGGGGGAGGAGCAAACACAGGAAGAAAUAUACUGCAAUGGAUUUCACAUUUUACUCUGGCCUCCAGGUCCAAUCUGAAUGGGAUUUGCGAGUCUCCAGCAAGAAUGUACAGUGCUGCCAGACCUCACAUUCCUGACUAACAGCGGGACAGGAGAAAGUCCAGAGCAUCAGCCCCUACAAGAAGUAAUAACUGCUAUCCUCAUUUGCUCGGUCCUGGUUGCUUAAACGUCUCUCUUCGGAGAUGUAUCAUCUCAGGAAAAGAUGGAGUGGUCCUCUUCAGCUCUUUGCAGCCAGAGGGAGAUGUUUCUGCCGGGACGAACUCCCAACAAAAUAAGGGUUUUUGCCCCCCAGUACAAAGAGCUUUGCACUUUGCAUUCAGAUUUUUUCGCGUUGCUGCUGUUCUGUGUCCAGUACCUGGAUAGCUCUUUGCGCGCAAUUCUUCCCGACCGGUCCUGGGAGCGCAGUUCCGCGGGAUGGACGCUCGAGUGGCUUCAGCACUCUGGACAGCUCCUCUCCUCCCAACCCACCGCACCAACCCUUGAACUACGACACCGUUGGGUGCACUUCGCCUUUCCCCGAAGGUAGCUCCCUCCCCUUCCCGGGAACCUGAUUAUAAUCCUAACGUUUCCCUGCUGUUUCAAAUAAUCCUUCAGGGCAGGCUUAUUUGCUGCAGAUCUUUGAGAGAGAAACUUCAGGACCCCGAUGGCUUCAUCCAACAGCAUGAUUUGGGGAACAACAAAAUGAUGGAACCAAAGAAGCUUUAGAAAGCCCUGGCUUUUCUGCUUAACUGAGUUUCGAGUGUAUACCAGUAGGAGCACUUGUCUGGUGUAAAAUGUGUAUUUAGGAUAUGGUUCUCCUAUAGUCUAGGGACGUGGUGUUGAUUUCCACUUUUUAGAGCUCCUCAACCCCCCCCCCCUUUUAAGCUCAGUUUAAAUAUAAUUUGGCUAAAAGACUGCUCUGGAUCCCACUUAUCUCUCCCCCCCCCAUUUAAUCCUCUCAUCUCCCUUCUAUGUUGCCCCAUUUUGGAAAUUUAAACACAGGUUUCUGUCUAAGCAAAGGAGCCUGGCUAUUGUGUCAAUUGGGAUUUGCAGUUAGGAGACAGGAUAGGAACUGGCUUAAAAAUGCUGUACAAACACUGCCACAUCCAUGAGCUACACUAUUUGAAAGACUGACUGUUUUGUUGUGUGGUGGUGGGGUUGGGGGGGGGGGAAGAGCACCUCCCUAAGCAACUUUGGCACCAAAGGGAAGGGGAAGCCCUCCCCAGAAAUCCCCAUCACAUCGGACUCUUCUGAGGUGAUUGUAACACAAGACAUUCCUUUUCCUGUGGGGCUGAAAGCAAGCAAGCAAGCCCCAGCACUGCUACAUCUGGCAAGGAUUUAAGGGCUUAAUUCCAGCCUUCCCCGCAGUCCACAAUGGCAAAUGAACCGGUGAUUCUGAAUGUUUAUGACAUGUACUGGAUAAAUGAAUACACUUCCACAUUGGGUAUUGGAGUCUUCCAUUCUGGCAUUGAAAUCUAUGGCAGAGAAUUUGCCUAUGGAGGGCAUCCCUAUCCUUUCAGUGGGAUUUUUGAGAUCACACCAGGCAGUGCUAUAGAGCUUGGCGAGACCUUUAAGUUCAAAGAAUCCAUUGCCCUGGGCACGACUGACUUCACAGAAGAAGAUGUGGAUAAAAUUAUGGAAGAGCUGGGCAAGGAAUACAAGGGCAAUGCCUACCACCUCAUGCACAAGAAUUGCAAUCACUUUUCUGCUGCCUUGGCAGAGAUUCUGUGCGGGAAGGAAAUCCCGCGUUGGGUGAACCGCCUGGCCUACUUCAGCUCCUGCAUUCCCUUCCUCCAAAGCUGCCUCCCCAAGGAAUGGCUGACUCCAGCAGCCCUGCAGAGCCACAUCAGCCUUGGGCUCCACAAGGAAGAGCAGGGAGACACAACUGACGAGGAAUCCCCGUCCACUUCUGCAGCCGCCUCAGGCCCUUCGCGAACCUGCAGACAUACAAGAGUCUGAACCUUUGCCCAUUUGACAUGCUCUCAGCUAUCUUUCUUCCCUACCCAUUUCUUGCCCACUUCGUUAUCUUUCUCCCAAGAACACUGGGGAAUAUAAUCUCAAGAAAGAGAUGAAACUGCUGCCCCAUUUACAAGUACUGCUACUAUCCAACAAAGUGAUUUCUCACUCUAGAACUACUUUUCAGAGUGUAGCAUUUUAAACUUCUGGGAACAGUAUGUACUCCUUGAUCCACAGAAAACUGCUGAAAUCUCUGGGAUGUCACAAAGUGGACCUGGAGGGAAGCCAUAUUGAGAUGUUCCUUGGCUGGAACUCUUUUAAUCCUCUGCCUUCUCCUGCUCCCCACCCCUACCCCAAAAGCCUUCUCUCCAAGAAUGCAUCUCACACAUGGUACACCUCCUCCAAGUACCAAAAUUACGAACUUGAAACAGAGUUUCAUUUUCUCAUCCUGAAGACCAGCAGCAGCUUCUGCUAACCUUCUUCUCUUCUCCUCUUUCAUUUUGUAAUCAAUCGUUUCUAAAGUCAUCUGAAAGAUAAAUGAAAGGUGCUGCUAUUCUACCAUUCUACCACCAUAGGGUUGUUGCGUGUCUUUUUUUGUGAAUUAAAAUCCUGUGUCCAAGACUGAAGACCUCUUCACCCUUCAAGUAUAAUGGCAAAAAUAAUCUGGAAAUGAAUGUAAAAUUCUGGGUUUUACAUGUUCAGUAAGUGCUGAGGACAGUUAGAGUCACUAGCUUCUUCUUGGGCAGAGGUUCCUAUAUCUCUAUCAUUUGCAUGUCAUGGAAAAAUAAAAAAGGUGCAAUAUUUUCACCAUCUCUGGAGCUCCCCCACGGGAAAAGUGGAACCUGCUGAAUUUUUCCAUGUCAUGUAAAACAAGCUAUCAGAACCUUAGUUUAGAAUGGAGCUAGUAAAUUUAGCUGGGGUAGCAUUGGCCUGAAGUGGUAGAGCUUUCUUUGGUCCUACCAUAGGGAAUAUUUGUGUUGAAAACUGUUCUAGAACAUGACUGAGCUGUAAUUACUGGUGAAUGUCUAAAACAUACAUUGUUUAAAAUAGAAAGGAUAACUUAUUUGACAGAAGGCUCUCCAUGGACAUUUUUGCCAUUCCAUAUUCAACCUAAUCAGUGCUCCACCUAGCAGUUCCUAUGCCCUGAACCAACUGUAAGAAAUGCCAGGCUAGAGCAAAUCAACAUUUUAUUGAAGCUAACUUUCUGGCAAUAGUGGCCAACCAUAUAUCAUGGGAAUGCUCAGAAGCCGGCUGUAAUGGUGACAGCCAGCCCCUGCUUGUUCCCAGCAUCUGAUACUCAGAGGCAUAUGGUCUGUGAACACACAACCUUUAUUUGCCUAUUAUAACUAAGAACUGUUAAUAAACCUAUUCUCCAUGAAUGUGUCUAAUCCUUUUAAAAAAACCAUUAAGCUAAUGGCAAUCAUCAUAUGCUGUAGCAAAGAACUCUGUAGUUUUAUAUAGUGCAAUGAAGCACUUCCUGCAUUGCUUCCUUGCACCUAUGUCAAAUCAAUUUCAUUGGGUGACCCUGAGCUUUUAUGUACAGAAGUUACAAUUCUUUUUAUCUGGCCUCACCAGUUUCAAAACCCUCAUUCAGGUUGCCCCAACCAUGGUAAUAUUUCUUCUGAAAACACCCAACUUUUAAAGGAGAGCAUUAAAUGCUCCCAUUAUCCUUUUAAGCAAAAAACCUGUACCUUCUACCACUCUGGGAUAGAUAGAUGAGGCAACAAUAACUUCAGGCAGCAAUUAAAAUGGAAUUGUAUCAACAAUUGAUAAGAAAUUGUGAUACCCCUUUCCUUAUAAUUCCUAACAUGGAAUUUGCUUUUUUGUUGCCCUUGCAUGCUACACUGAUGUUCCAAUGAGCUUUGCACUACUUGCACUAAGGCCCCGUGGUUGCUUGCAUUCCUAAAGGACCAUUUUCCAGGUUUUUAGUGGCAGGGAGUGUCAUUUCUUACUGCAGUCUGGACAGUAUCUCAUGCUCCCUAAUCUCACUUAGGCCACUGAAUCUUCUAUUUGCAAGCAUGAAGGCUAGGGUAUCCAUUUCUCCUUUAAGGAGGUCUUGGGAUUUAAACAAGAGCCGACAGGUUGAGGAAUGGUAGAGCAAAUGCCUUGCACAAGAGGGGUUCUACCCCUGGCAUCUGUGAGGAAAAAGUUAUCCAGCAGCAGGACUAGGAAAGGCCCUGGAGAGUCACUGGCAGAAUAGACCACACUGGGCAAUUUAAAUCCGUGUACAACACAUAUGUCUCUUUGUUGCAAAAUCAGCUCAAAGAUCCGUAGAAAAGCUCUGUGCCUUCAACAGCUAUGGGAUGGACAGGCAUUCAAAAGGUUCAUCUUUUCUCAGCAUGGAGAUGUGAUGAGUGUUUUCUCAGUUUAAAUGUAAUUAACUAAUCCAGCGUAUUUUUUAGAGCUGAUUCAGAAAGUCCAAAUGUUCACCCAAUAAAAGACUGAUUUCCAUGUUCA